GCGGGCCGGAAGGAGUUGGCGCUGUCUGAGUGAGGGGAGACCCGGCUGGAGCUGAGCGGAAUGAGUGGCCCCGGGGGGAGGCGGCGGAGACUGGGGCUCAGGGGAGGAGAGUCAUUGUCGUGGCGCAAGCAGAAAUCACUGCACAUACACAAAGCCCUGACCUCUGAUCCUGUGGAUAUUGAUGUGCUGAGGGGGGCAGCGCAGACUGACGGGGGGCUCUUAAGCCAGGAGAUCCGCAGAAAGGUCUGGCCCAAACUGCUCAGUCUCAAUGUCUUCCAUCUCCCUCCAAAACCAGGCCGCUGGGUGCGCUGCAAUCACCGAGAUUAUAACCAGGUUCAGAUGGAUGUGAGACGCUCGCUGAAACGCUUCCCUGCAGGGAUGAGUGAUGCAGAGCGCUCGGUGUUGCUGGAGCAGCUCACUGAUAUGAUUCUGUAUGUGCUGCAGUCUCAUCCUGACUUGCACUAUUACCAGGGUUUCCAUGAUAUCGCCGUCACCCUGCUGCUGACAGUUGGACUUCGACUAGGCACAGGCAUGCUCUCUACACUCUCCACUCACCACCUGAGGGAUUUCAUGGACCCCACCAUGGACAGGACCAAACACAUUCUGAAUUAUCUCAUGCCGCUGAUACAGAGUGAGAAUAGUGAGCUACACAAAUUCCUUUUAAGGUCAGAGGUUGGUUGUAUCUUCGCUCUCAGUUGGCUUAUCACUUGGUACAGCCACGUCCUCACUGAUUACCAGCACGUCCUGCGUCUCUAUGACUUCUUCCUGGCAACGCACCCCCUCAUGCCUGUCUACUGCGCUGCCCAGAUGGUGUUAAUGAGGGAGCAGGAGGUGCUGGCGUGUGACUGUGACAUGGCUAGUGUACACCAGCUCCUCUCCAAAAUCCCCACAAACUUCUCCUAUGAAUCUCUGGUCUCCCACAGCCUCCGCCUCUUCCAAAGGCACCCGCCAUCCCAGCUCAUGAAACAGGCUUCUCAGCACAAGCACAAAAGUUUUUCCGUUGCAUCAUUUCAUUCUCUCCAGAUCUCCAGCUCCACUCAGCGGCCAGACUUCAUUCUCCAGAGACAGUUGCAGUCGGAACCUCCUCGUUCUCUACCCCCUCGUGCACAGAACCCCCUAGUGAAACUUGCUGUGUGGGGGCUUUCUGCCUCAAUUGGGGCUGCGGCAUUUGCUGUGGCUCAGAGCGCCCUUGAACUGGGCCCCGAAUUUCUAAUGGGACUUUUCUGAGAAUCCAGAUUGGGAGGAUGAGCAGAAAGUGGAAUUUUCAUACCACCUCGUUCCCAUGAUUCCCUAAAGCAUUGCUUCCUGUUGUGCCCACCCUAAGCCAUGCCCUAGGUGUCCCAUCAGAAUACAUGUUGUGCCCGCUAUCCUGAAGGCACAAUGCUGGUACCACUCCAUACUGGGAACCUCCUGCUGGUACCACUCCAUAUUGGGAACCUCCUGCUGGUACCACUCCAUUUUGGGAACCUCCUGCUGGUACCACUCCAUAUUGGGAACCUCCUGCUGGUACCACUCCAUAUUGGGAACCUCCUGCUGGUACCACUCCAUAUUGGGAACCUCCUGCUGGUACCACUCCAUAUUGGGACUUCCAGCUGGAAGCACUGGAGUUACCUCAAUCACUGCAAUCCGUCAGACCAUUGCACUCCUGUUCCCAGCAUGCCUUGUGCAACUGCCACACAACUCUUUCAUAUUGGACUUGUGACACACACACAGUGGCAAUUGGUGCCAGGGCUACAGAAAGGGGUCCCACUGCUGCCGCUCCCAAACAUAAUAGGAAUCAGUGUAGUGGGGGGGUUUGUUCUUCAGUCAUCACUGUGCCCCCAAAAUAUCCUCACUGGUGCCAAAUACACAGGGAACACUAUGGGGCACUCACGAGUCACGUGGCAUCUCCUGCAUGGUUAGAGCUGCUUGUUUUUAAGGGAUAUGCCACCCCCCCCCCUUGUUCUCGGGGACAAUACUGGGGGGCACUUUUCUAUGUAUUUCUGGUAUAUUUAAUAAAAGAAAAAUCAGUGAA